AUUUAAUUAAAUUGUCCUUAAAUAUGGACCUAUUGUUUAUAUUUAAUGCACUUUUAACAAUAUAUUCACUGUUAUUACGGCCGAUAACCGGCGAUGAACUUGUUUUGAGCGACAAACCGCUGAAUGACGAGACACCGCAACACUUGGCCGCUAUUGCCGACAAUUAUUUAACAGCUCUACUAAAUGCCCAUCACUUGACCGCAGACGACAACCCCAUCGACGACCAGAACACUCGGUCCAAGAGAUCGCCUCAAACUUACGGCCAAAACGGAGACUCAUUUACAGAUAAUGGUGUCCACCGCUUGCGAUCAAUUGUACCGCUGAUGACCACAUGUGAGGCGUCCGUUGACUUCACGACAAUCCCAUUCAACGGCCAAACGUAUGGCAUAUGUGUGUCGCGAUCGAUGGGUCAGAAGUCGGCCAAAGUUAGUGUCGGCGCCUUUACUAACAACGGAUGGCAGCGGGACUUAGUUUCGUGGUCAGUAAUAGACCCGCAAAAAGUGGUGGCGUUUGUGGACGAAGACAAAGACUCAAAAGACCCGAAUCUAUACGUAUUGGUGGCCGACUCGGCCGGCAGUGACGGAACCAACCUCUAUGUGAUAAACAAAUAUAAUAAGAUGAUCACCAAAGAGCAGCUCACAAUCAACAGCAAGUGGCCGACGGCUAUCGCUGUUUGGUGGUCGCGAUCCGACACUUCCUACCACUUGGCGAUCGCCAACUCUAACGCCAAAGACUCGACGCAAAGCUUCAAAUCAAAUACCUCUGUCUAUCAUUGGAAACAAACAUAUUUUGAUCGAUACUCAGAAAUGACCACUUAUUACGUGAAAGACAUCUGUCCUUUCAAUAUACACAGCAAUGAGUUCAUAGCUGUGGCCAAUUAUAAGGCCGGACCGAACCAAAUGGCCGUCGAGUCGGAAUUGAUCGAUACUCAGAAAUGA